UGAUGUCGUUGCCGUCGUCGUCGUUGUUGUAGUCGCAGCAACAGCAGGAGCAGGCAGCAGCAGGCAGCAGCAGCAGCUUCAGCAAGCAGCAGCAGCAGCCGCAGUCAACGCAGUCGUUGUCGUUGUCGCGCGUAUUGUACAACAACAAACAUAACAACAAUAACAGCAACAACAGCAGCAGCAACCACAACAAUAAUAAUAGUAACAGCAGCUAGAAGAAGAAGAAAAAAACACAAAAAUUAAACAUUAAGCAAAGUUCAAGUGCAUUCAAAAUAGAUAAAUAAAUGAAUCCACUGCAAAUUAUUUAAAUAAUCUAACUUACUGUACAUAAGCUACGCUUUUCUAUCAAAUAAAUUGUGUAAAAAACAAAAAAAACAGAAAUCUACAAUUUCUAAUGCAACAACUACUUAAGAAAAAUCUAUUUAAUUUUCUAUUACAAAUGAAAACAACAACAAACAAAACAACCAAUUUAAACAACGAAUAAACAAACAACGCCGUUUACAACCGACAACAAAUCUCAAAUGAUGAAUACAUUGCUGACCACUGAAAUUCUUUUGAAUAAAUAACGCACGCUAAUCGCUAAUUGGUAAAACAAAGAUGCCUUCGCCUCACACACCACAACAAGAACAACAACGGCAACAGCAACAACAACAACCACAACAACAACAACAACAACAGCAGCAGGAGCAACAACCAUUUGGACUACAACAAGCAACGCAGACAACACUUCAAAUAGCCACAACAACAACAACAACAACAACAAAGCCAGGCAGCGUUUCAGAGCGCUGACAAAAUGAAACAAAAGCAGAAUCGAGACGCAGUAAAUAAAUGUCGACAAAUUUUUCUUCUGAUAUGAAAGCGAUCUAAAAAUACAAAAACCAAAAGGAAACUGACCUUGAAGAGGUCAAAGUGCAGCACACACACACGCACACGAGCACGAACACACACACACACACACACAUACAUCAUCACAAUCUCAUACCACUCAACAUGCACACACACACAGACACAGACACAGACAUCCACAUGAAAAGUGCUUAGCGAAGGGAAACUGCAAAGCUGAUCAGCGCCAUUAAAAAGUCAAAAGUUUCAACGAAUUUCCAAAAGCCUACAGAAAAAAAAGAAAAACAAAAGAAAAAUAAGCCAGCAAAACCGACAUCUUAUAAAGUUCUUAAGGAAAAACAAAAACUUAAAAACAAAUAGUAAGAAAGUAAAAUUUAGAAAUUUGCUCUGUGAUUUUCUAUCAGAAUGGUUUAAUAAUCCAAAUAAAUUUAAUUAUAAUUAUAACAAAUUAAAUAUAAUAUUUAUAAAUAUAUUGCCUAAAUGCAUUCAAAACCAAAAAUUAAUUAAAUAUAAAAAGAGAAGCUUUAAAAAUUCCCAACAAAACCAAUAUAAAUUCUAUAAAAAGAAUAAUAUUUAAUUAUAUACGCGUUUACAAGCGAUUUAUUAACUAAUUAAUGCAAACAUAAUUAGUUUUUAUGUGCAAAACCAACGAAACAUAAGCCGCGGCCCACAACAACUACAUUCCAGAAACAGUUGCACAAUCAGUUCCAUUCGCAGUUCCAGCUGAGCGCUCUUUAGCCUAGCCAUGGAUGAGAUGCCAGAUUUGUCGCAUCUGACGCCGCACGAGCGCAUGCAGAUUGAGAAUGUGCUCAUGCGGCAAAAGCAGGAGGAGGAGAAACAGAACGAGAUAAUGCGCCGCAAACAGGACGAAGUUGUCACACUGGAGAUGCAAAUCCGGCAGCGCUCCGAGCAGCAAAAGAAGGCCGGCGUCGAACUGGAUGCCACCUGUCACAUAUGCCUUAAGACCAAGUUUGCCGAUGGCGUUGGCCACAUUUGCCACUACUGCAACAUACGCUGCUGUGCCCGCUGCGGUGGCAAGGUGACGCUGCGCAGCAACAAGGUGAUCUGGGUGUGCAUUCUAUGCCGCAAGAAGCAGGAGCUGCUCUCCAAGACUGGCCAGUGGAUCAACAAAACAGCGGUGCAACAAGAUGGUUUUAUCAGGCGCAUCGAACCAGAUGGCAGCAGCGACAUCUCGCAGCAGGCCAUUGUGGAUCCGCACGACACGACGGACAAGCGGCCCAAGCUGGAGCGCACGCGCAGCGCUGCCGAGAAGGAGAACCUGCCCAUGCAGCGGGCCGGCAGCAUGUUGCGGCGUCAGUACUCGCAGCAGGAGCAGCCCACGAAUCGCCGCCUCUCCGUCUCGGACAGCGGCAUGGAGCCGAUGAGUCCCGGCCAGCAGCAACAGCGCCAACGCAUGCAGCCCAUGAAUCCGCAGCAGGCGCAGCAAUACCAACUGCAGCAGCAGCAGCAGGGCUACGGCCAGCAGCAUCCACAGAGAUCGGGCGCCUAUCCCGAAGAUGAUCCGCGUUACUAUCAGGGCGAACUGGACGGCCUUAUGCGACAACAUCCACAUCUGGCGCAUCCCAGCCAGCUGCAGCAGCAGCAGGCACAACAACAGCAGCAGCAGCAGCAACAUCACAUGCCACAGCAGCAGCAGCAGCGCCCGCAACCGCAGCAGCAGCAACCUCAGUACAAUGCACGGCAGCAACACCCACAGCAGCAACAGCAACAACAACAACAGCAGCAACAACAGCAACAGCAGCAGCAGCCGUAUCAGGGGAUCGCGACGCACGCCCAAAUCCAUCAGCAGCCAUCGCAGCUGGGCGGUGGCUACCAGAAGCCGCCACCACUGACCCGUAAUCUGACGAUCAGCGGCGGACAUGCCAUGGACGCCACCUCCUACAACCAGCAGCAACAGCAGCAUCAGCAGCAGCAGCAGCAGCGCAGAGCCCUGGCUGGGGCACAGUACGCCUCGCAGCAGCAGCGCUCGUUCAGCAGCUCCGAGGAGGAGUUUCAGAAUCAUCUGAUGGCCGCAGAGGCGCAAGUGCAGGGUCAUGGGCAGGGGCAGGGGCACACGCCGAACGCUGGCAGCGAUUAUGACGGCGGGCGUCUACAGGUGCGCACGGAUCCCUGGCGCCAGCAGCGCAGCCUCAACGAGCGCGAUCUACUCACAGUCGGCGGCUCGUACAGUUCGACUGACUUUCGUCUGCUGGGACACACGAAUCAGCGACUGUACGCAUCGGCGGAUCAGCGAGAUCGCUACGAGCUGCAGCUGCAGCAUCGCGAGCGCCUGGAACAGUAUCCGCUGACGAGGACAGCGCGUCUGGACGUGCAGCAGCGCAACUCGCUCAAUCGAAGCAAUCACGAGCGAGCGCCUGCAGCUGGCGGAGCUGCUGUCGGACCUGGUGCUGCUUCUGGUCUCGGUGUCGGUGUCGGUGUCGGUAGUGGUGCCUUCCGUCGCGCUCCGCCCUUGUCCGCGGCGAACGGUUACCAAGGCAGCAGCAGCAGCAGCACCAGCAGCAGCUACUAUCCGCAGGGCCACAGCAGGCCGCAGAUUGUAAUCGGCGCGGGUGCAGGCACGGGCACUGCCUAUGAGCGUGGCGCCAUGUCGGCCACAGCUGACGGCGCCAGGGGCAACCUGAGCCGGGAGCGCGGCCUGCUUGGCGCUGGCGCUGGCGGUGGCGGCGGCAGCAGCUCCCUCAGCUCCACGGAAGCCGCCUACUGGGAUGAGCCGGCUGGUGGCAGUACAUCCUCAUCAUCGGCGGCGCAGGAUUCACGCCGUUUCACCGAACGCAGAAUAAAGAAAACUGUGCGCUUCGAUGCCCACGACGAUGAGUCACUUCUGCCGGCAACUAGCGGCGGUACGGGCACACUGCCACCGGUGACCACAAUACUGCCGUCGACGGCCGUGGAUGUGGGCGCGGCUACGCUGCUGACCAGCGCAAAGCUGGCCCAGCCACUGGACGGCGACUGGUCGCGCUGGGAUGCCGAGCGUCAGGGUAGCCAGGACUCGGCCACCAAAGACUCAGGCAUUGAUACGAGCAGCACAUUCACCAGCAGCGAGGAUUCGAACCGCGGCGAAGGCCCCAAGAAUCCGGUGAAUUGGCACACAUCCGCGGAUAAUACGCGCAUGAUUGGUCACAUGAUAUUACGUAAAUACUAUGAUGGGGAAGAUAUAUUAGGCUUAAAGGUGAACGGCGGUCAGCCCAUCGGCAUUGAGGGCCCAUGCGGCGCCAUUGUGGAGAAGGUGAAACGGGGUUCGGUUGCCGAUCUCGAAGGCUGCAUACGACCAGGCGACGAGAUCAUCGAAUGGAACAGACACAGCCUGCACAAUAGGAGUGCGGAUGAGGUUUACGAUAUCAUCGACGACAGUCGACUGGAUGCCCAAGUGGAAUUGGUUGUCUGCCGACCGUUGCUGCUACCCACCGGCGCCAGCAGCGUCGACAGCGGCGGCAGCAGCAGCAACGUCAGCCCCAGCAGCGCCUGCUCCGGCUCCGGCAGCAGCAUCACGCGCCGCUCCUCGGCCAACUUUCCGCACAGCGGUCUGGCCAGCAGCAUGGCUGGCAGCGCGGUCGUCAGCAGCGGAGGGCGUUACAUCCAGCGCAAAGCACCCGGCAUCGAGGCGCUCGAACUACAACGCGAGAAACCGAGCGUUCUGAUCACGUCGCCCGGCUCACCGGAUCUGCUGAUUAGUGGUUCGGGCAACGGACUACGGCACCGUGGCGCUGGCACUUGCAGCUCCGCGCAGCAGGCACAGCGUCUGGAGGCCAGUUACAGCCACAGCAGCAGCGGCAGCAGCAGCACCAGCAGCGCCACCCUACAAGCCGCCGUCGCCGCAGCCGCCGCCGCCGCCGCCGCCGCCUCGGGCGGCCAGCACAGCACAACGACGGCAGGCCACCACCAUCAUUGCUAUCCGUCAGCGGCAUCACCGCCAUCGCACGCGCAUUCGCACGCGCAUCCGCACUCGCAACCGCAUUCAUAUUCGCACGCGAUUACCCACUCGCAUGUGCCGCAUCAUGGCAUGGGCGUAACCACACAGCCCAUACCCGUCGAGGGGCGGCUGCAGCUAAAGCUGGGCUACGAUCAGAAUACGUUGCAGCUGAUCGUGACGCUGGUGUGCGCUACGGGUCUGUCGCUGCGUCAGAGCGGCGCCGGGCGCAAUCCCUAUGCAAAAGUGUUCCUUCUGCCCGAUCGCAGCCAAAAAUCAAAAAGACGAACGAAAACCGUCGGCACCACCUGCGAACCACGCUGGGGCCAGACGUUUCUAUACUCGGGUCUGCGACGUUGCGAUCUUAAUGGUCGACUGCUCGAGGUCACGCUCUGGGACUAUGUGCGCUAUGGCGCCAACGACUUCAUCGGCGAGGUGGUCAUUGAUCUGGCCCAUCACAUACUCGACGACGAGGCCGAAUGGUAUCAGCUGCAGCCGCAUCAGGAUGCCUCCCAUCUCUUACGUGACGAGGGCAGCGAUGUGGACGGCCUGAUACUGACACCCACAGAUCAUUUAUCACCGCCCAGCACGAUGUCGCGUCUGAGCGACUCGGACACAACGUCCGAAUGCGACAUCGAUGGAACGACGCCCGGCGCCAGCAUAUCAUCUAUGGGCAGUUCCACCAGCCCGCCACUGCUCGAGCUCGAACUAAACGAGCGUCGCUCCAGACGUGACAUGUCACCCCAGGGCCGCAAACGGGUGGCCGGCAUGGUGGCCCGAGAUUAUCGCACAGUAUCUGGCAUUGGACAAAGUUAUCAUAAUCAGCAGGCAUCUGCCACGGGCUAUUAUCGACGCGGCGUUGGUAAUGGUGUCGGCGCCGCCAUCGGACCUGGUGGCAUGAGCCUGAGCCAGCGCAGCCACUCGGCAGCUCCCAGUGACAACUACCAUAGUGUAGGAGGCAGCGGAGGCGGUGUACACCAAGGACAUCCCGGCUCCGGCUACGGCUACAGAAGCAGCAGUCCACGGCGAGGAUCGUUGUCGCCGCCAGACGACCGUUAUAUUGACUAUCCAGUGCUUCCAAUACACGGUUCACCCAACGCCGCAGCGUACGCAAGCGGCGGCAGCGCAGCUGCGGCGGCACAGCAACACCGUUUUCAGUCGCGCUCCGCGACUGCCACGCCCACUGGUUCGCCCAAGAAGCGGCAACUGCCACAGGUGCCGCAGACCUCUCGCAGCGCCAUGUUGCGCGAUCGACUGGGCCAGGACUUUGACGAGCGUCUGGCCUCGGGCAGCCGCUUUGGUCGACACCGCACACGACAGCCGCACCAUCAGGCUACGUAUCGCAGCACCGGCAUGGGUGGCUGGGAGCGACACUACACAGGACUGUCGGACAGUGAUCUGCAAUCGAUGGAUACGCGUAUGCGGCCACGGCACUCGUUGUCGCCGGACAAGGACUUUAUGGCCGAAUUCGGUGACUCGGAUAUGGAGUCGGUGGUCAGUGUGACGUCAAGUGCUUUUUCCACGCAAUCGGAGCGACCGCGCACCUCACGCGGACUCAGCUUUUCACGCAACUGGCGCAAUCUUUUCGGCGCCCAAAAUAGCUUACUAAGCGGCGCCUUGGGCGGCCCUGUGACUGGCCUAAAGGUGUACCCCGCUGAGCACCAUCGCGCCAACACAAUCGAGGUGGAUGACUGCGACUAUCUGUCAAGCGGCGGCACACAGCAGCUAUUGCUGCUGGAGCAGUUGGAGCAGCUGCAGCAGUUGGCGGCUCUGGCCGCCGCCGAUUCGCCGCCCAAUACGGCCCUGCUGGGGCUCAGUGGUGCAGCGCCAAUUUCAGCGACAACAACACUGCCAAUGCCCACUCAGCAUGUGCUUGUGACGGACACUAACAGCGGGGAGCUGGUCGAACAGUUUUUCGUGGAGCCAGCCCUGGUGGCGGAGGAGACGUCGCCGCUAGAACCACACGAACCACAUUUGCAUUCGCACUCGCAUUGCGACUACUAUUCGCCUCAUUUGCCCACCACAUUCAUACUGUCGCCGCCUGACAUUGCCAACAUUUACCAACGACGCCACAACGGACGCCAGCUCGCCCCCGCCACCGCCACCGCAACCACUCAUGCGAACGCCCACAGCCACGCCUAUGCGCUGCCGCUGCCGCUGCCCAGCUUUGAGCAAUUCAAGCGCUAUACCACGCCCGUCAUGAAUCUCUUUCGCAGCUCCACAACAGCGGCGCCCGCCCACGACCACGGCCAUGCGCACACAGUCUCCUCCUCGCCCAGCUCCUAUGUGGGCUAUGUGCGCGAUCAUCUGGACAAUAGCUGCAGCCACUGCCAGAAUGGCAGCCAGCCCGUGGUGCUAUCCACGAACACGGCCCUGGCCACGCCCGGCCUGGCCAUUGGCGCCUGUACCGAUCCCUGCUGUCUGGCCGAUGCACAUCCCCAUCCGCAGCACCAGCCCAUUACGUAUCCCUAUAGCGUCGAGCAGCUGCUGCGCCGCCCCUCCCUGUCCAUGUACCAGCCGAGCAGCUCGGAACCCUCGCUGCCCACCAUGGAUCCGGCCAUGUGCGGUGAAUGCGUUGACCAGCAUUUUCUGGGUGGCCUAACCGGGCCGCAGCUCAAUCUGGGCAUUGUGCCAACCUAUCAUGUGCACACGCCCACUCCGACGGCUCAUCGGCGCGCCAAGUCGCAGCUAGCGCCGCCUCCCCCGUUGCCCAUACAAUCCGUGCUGCGGCUCUCUCGCCAGCUCAGCGAGGAUGCCCUGGUCGCAGCUGUGCCCAUAGCCGAAGCCACUGCCCGGGCUCAGCCCACGUCGAUUUUGAAGAAACCCAAACUGGAGCGACGCCGCAUGUUUCACGAGGGUCAGUCGCGUUCCUUGGACUAUGACGAUCUGCACACGAAGAGCUGGGGACGGCGCCGCAUACGUUACGAGGAUGAGGUAGCACCGCAUGAGGUGCUGACCUAUCCGAGCGAAGGACAGCUGCCCAGCUCACGUCGCUACGGCUCCGAGACGAACAUACGGCAGUCGUAUAUGGGCGCCAAUGUGGACGCUGCCAAUCCGCUGAGUCACUCGCAUUUUCUGGUCACCGACGACAAGAUCGUGACCAUUACCUACGACUCGGAUGUGGGCUGGACGCGUCGCGGCGUAGCACCCUCGCUCUUUCGGGGCCCGCGUCGUCGGGGGCCCGAUGCACGCAAUCACAUGUCCCUUGAUCUGCAGCGCACCAGCCAGCAGAAGCUGUACGGUCCGGCGGCGCCCUAUAUGAAGCGGCGGCGCAAUCUGCCGCAGCCACCCAGUGCGCAAAAUGCCCACAACUUUUCGCCCAUGGAGGCAGGUGCUGGAGUCGGGAACGGUGUCGGUGUCGGUGUCGGGGGCGGGGGCGGGGCACAGAACAGUACAUACAACCACAAUCAGAACAGUAGCCACAACACCAGUCACAAUAGCCAAGCAGCGAGUAGUGUUAGUGUUAGUCAAAGUCACAACAACAACAACAACAACAACAACAACAACAACUACAACUACAACCAACAACAACAGCAACAACAACAACAACAAUCAGCUAGGCAAAAAGGGAAAGAAGGCAUCGCCAUGAACGGAUUGAUGGCAUCGGCAUCGGAGCAACUGACGAAAUCUAGUAGUGGGAGCGGUGGUGCAACAACUGCCGCAGCUGCCGCUGCUGGUAAUAUCGUCUGCGAUGGUAAUAAUGCUAAUAAUGCUUCUUCUUCCUCUUUUGCAAAUCCCCCACAACAACAUCAUGGUGUCGCUAAUCAACCAAUAACAACAACAAAUGCAUCACCCAAUAAACGUGCCCCAUCAUCAACACACAACACCACAACAACAACAAACGACGCCAACAACUUGACCCAUGACGCAACAUCAACAAAUCCCACACAACAACAACAACAACAAACACCAAAUACAUGCACAAAUCUCAUCACAAAUACAACAACAACAAACACAUCUUCGAAUGCAACGAAUGCUGCUGCGGCAACAACGACAACAACAACAACAACAACAACGUUAACAACGUCAACGACUGCUACAACAACUGCCACAAAUACAACAACAAAAACAACAAAUACAAAAAACACGAAUGAACCAAACGCAACAACAACAACAACCGCCAAUGCCGAUCCGGAUGCGGACGCGGAUGCGGAUGCUCCGCUCGAUGUUAUCGACUGGGAUGCGAUUGAUGCGAUGCUUGACGAUGACUUCAGCGAAUACGACAAAGAGAAGAACGGCACCAAUGAGCCCGGCGGCGCCAAGUCAGUCGAAGGUGGUGCCGAAACCGAGGAGAAAGUCGCCACAGAUGGCAGCCUGUCAGACAACACAACGGAUCGAAAGAAAUGUGGCACCGUGGAUCAGGAACGGUCGCCCAAGGGUGGCAGCGGGAUGGGUAAAAAAUCGAACUCCACCUCGCAGCUGUCGGCAACAGACCAAUAUCAGGCACAGUAUUCGGGCAGCUCGAGCGCGUCUGCCUCCUCCACUAGUCACCAUCAUAUCACACUACCACCACCACAUCCAUAUUAUCAAAGGCAAUCGCGCGGCUCGGCAGGCAGCAUCCAGAGAUCGGUGGAGGUGCCGCCGGUGCCAGCGGUCACCCGUUACAGUGCGGGCAGCAUACAUUCAAUCUCUAGCUCCGAGGGCUCAUCAUUUUCGCCAUCACUUCGUAAUGACGGGGCGCUCAAUGAGUUUGUGGAUGGCCUGGGACCCGGUCAAUUGGUGGGUCGCCAGGUGCUGGGCGCGCCCUCAUUGGGCGAUAUACAGUUAUCGCUGUGCCAUCAGAAGGGAUUCCUCGAGGUGGAGGUCAUACGUGCCAGGGGCCUGCAGCAAAAGCCCUCGUCGAAGAUGCUGCCCGCGCCCUAUGUGAAGGUGUAUCUGGUGUCGGGCAAGCGUUGCAUUGACAAGAUGAAAACCUCAACGGCGCGACGAACUCUGGAUCCGCUUUAUCAGCAGCAAUUGGUAUUCAAGCAGUCGUACACUGGUUGCGUAUUGCAGGUGACCGUUUGGGGUGACUAUGGACGCAUUGAAAAGAAAGUGUUUAUGGGCGUGGCACAGAUAAUGCUCGACGAUCUGAAUCUAUCGAAUAUCGUUAUCGGCUGGUACAAACUCUUUGGCACCACCUCACUGGUCAGUUGUCCCACUAAUAUAGGUUUAGGCUCUAGGCGCUCAUCAAUAGCUUCACUCGACUCACUCAAACUCUGAACUAAAACUCAACUCAACUCAGCUCAAAUCUAACUAUCAACUCAAUAAAAACGUAAAAAACUCAACUCGAGAUCGACUUGCAAGUUGAAAAUACACGUAAAAAAAAAAGAACCACAACACAUGCAUAUUAAACAACAUGCAUAUAUAAAUACAUUUAUACAUGCAUUCAUGUAGCUACAUUUUUUUCUCAGUAUGCAGUAAAAGCAAAAAAUUUACAAACAUACCAACAAAAAAAAUACUUUAACUUUGUAGCUUAGUGAGUCACAAAACAUCUGUACAAGCACAAACAACAAAAUAUACAAAAAAAAAAAAAAAAAUUAUUUAAAAAAUUCUAAUAGUUAAAAGGGAAAAACAAAUUGAUUGCAUACAUGUUUUGCAUUUGUUUUUAGUUAGCUAAAAACCAACUAAAUAUACCAAAAGCACACGCACACGCACACACACACACACACACACACACACAUACACAUACCCAUUAAUAUAUGUGUAUAUAUAUUUUGAUCUGAGGCAGCAACAACAUAAAUUGCAUUAUGUACCGUUAAAAGAAAUUUACAAAAUUUAUGAAAAAGAAAUCAUAAAAAGAAAACGUUUAAUAUCAAAGUAAAAACCUAUCGCAAAGUCACCUUAAAUCACCGUUACCGUUACGUUUUUGGCAUAGCAUACAACUUCAACGUAGUUUCUUAUAGACUCGUACAAUACUCAUAUAGUAACCCUUGCCGAGAGCUGCCAGCCAGGCAGCCAAAUAGCAAAGGACCAAGGUCAGCCCGCGGGCACUGCUCAGCUAUGUUGGUAGUGGGAUUCUCUGGAGGAGCUACUGGAACCGCCAAAUACCCGAUCGGCAUGUCGCUGACCUAAUCUAUGUCCAAUAUGUAUGUAAAUUAAUUUAUUUUUUUUGUAUUCUAUGACCGGGAGAUUUCCAUAAGAGUAUAAGGAACUAGUUAAUUUUGUAAGUCAUGAAAAGAAAUGCAUUUAAAACCAAACUUAGAACACAAGCAGAGCAGUAAAUGAUUUAACUUAACUAUAAAAUUCAAGAUACAAGCUACAUUAACUUAUAAAUAAAUAUGAUUGAUAAUACUAUUUGACAUAAAAGAAGAGAUACACAAAAAAGAAAAAAACAAAAAUGAAAGGAAAUUUGUAAAUUAAUGCAUAUUUGAAAGAAUUUUUAUUACAUACUUAAGAUAUCUAUUAUUUUCGUAAUACGAUUAUUAUUAUUAUUAUUAUAAUUAUUAUUAUUAAUAACAAUUAUUAAAAACAAAAUACACACACACACACAAAAACAAGAAAAAGUGCUAAUGUCGGUCAUACACCUAAUGCUAAGUCAGUGAGAUCGUAAAAAAAAAAUAUAUAUGAGGAGGAGGAAACAAGUGAGGAUUUAGUGCAGGAGCAAGUUGUUUAAUAGAUAAAUCUAAAUCAAUAAAUUAAAGUUAUAGAUUUUCAAGAGAUGCAAAAUGUUUACGAGUAUAUACUAUACACAAUAUAUGUAUACACAUAUAUACAUAUACAUAGUUAAAAUUUAAGCAAGCAAAGAACCACUAACACUUAAAUAAGCCUAACUUACGAUAAACUUAAAAUUAAACUUAAACUUAAUCAUAAAGUAACUAAAAUGAGAUAUAUGAUAUAUGAGAUAUGCAUUAAUCCAAACCAAAUAUUUAUCAAGCGUGACGAUUGAGCAAAUUUAGUUUAAUAAAACAAACAUAGAAACAAACAAGCACACACAAACACAUACAAAUCAAACCAAAAACAUGCAUUAUAUA